GGUCAAGAAAACUGAGAUGGGCACAGUAGGCCUUGGCCCUCUAGGGCUGUCGCGCCGCUGAGUAUAUAGAGUAUUUUUCCCUUUGCUAACUCGCGGGAAAGACUUUUUCCCUGAACCUAUUUAACAGACCAAUUAUGAUCACUAGGAUUUCCUCUAUUCCCUUAAAACGAAACAUUUUACGGAUUUACUUUGCAAGAUUUUUCCUAACUUUAAUUGAGGAGCACAACGAUUUUGUGUCACUUGAAUGCUAGCUGCUUAUACGCUUUUCUUUAUUUAAACUUUACUCGUUAUAAAAAAAAACUAUUAUAAUCAUUUCUAAAAGGCACACGAAAGUGCCGAUGCACGUUGGCUGAGAAUCACUGGCCUAAAGAAAACAAAUCUUCACCGCUGCUGCAACAUAUCCUGAAGCGAAUCAACUUUCAGCACGUUGAUCCCUAUAAAGAUCUUUUCUAUACAUAUAAAAUCGGUAGAUCUAAAGAAAUAUCUCUUGCCACAACAAGGACCACGCAUUAACUGCUCGCCGUUUAAAAUCCAACAGGCGCGCAGCAUUAGGUAUCUUUUAUAAAUGCGAAUGAGCAACUCGAAAACCGGAUCGGUUUGAAAAAUAAAAUAGUAAUAAAAAUAAAUACUAAGAAAAAAGGGGGCAAGUAGGGGUUCACGGGGAGGCUGUAAAACCACUUCGUCUUGAUUUCUCUCUUCGUUAGCCAUUUAAUCGAAGCAACAUUGUUGUUUAGAAGUGUACGUAGAUGGUUUCACCAGUUUUGCGCAUCGACAUGAAUCGAUCAAAUAUUAUCAACAGCGAAAUAUGAGAAGGCAACUCAAACAAGAAUUGGGCUUUUUGAGGAAACGAGCUGCGUUGAAACCUGGUUUCGAUCCUUUGCGGAACUGUGCACGAUGUUUAGCUGAAUUAGGAAGAAUCUUAAAUCGUGGCGCUUUGUGUCCUAGAUGUUCAAAAAAAGUCUGUAAGGAUUGCCGGCAGUUUGGAGAUGAAAACCAUGAAUGGUUAUGUCUUUACUGCUUUAAGCACAUGCAACUUAAAGCCAUAUCUGGUGAAUGGAUGCAGGAGUUCAGUAAACUUUCUGUUCAACGAUGUGCCCCACCCGGAGAUCAUCUCAGGAAAGUUCUACAUGAAUCGCAAAGGAAAAGUUUUCACGUUAUGGACGGUACUGAUCAUUCUAAAUCGCCAUCUGAAGACACUCCACCUCAGAAGCCUCCUCGUUCCUUUCAGCAUGAUCCAGAUAAUCAAAAUGAAAAAGAUAGUGUUGAUAACAUGUUGGCCGAAAAAACUACUGAUGUUCAACAAAAUGAAGCUUUACCAAGAGUUAGUCCAUGGAAUGGAAUUGAUCCUGAACCUACUAUUCCUGUGCGUGUCGACAAAUCUCGCCCUCUUGGAACCAUUGACUAUCCAGCACCUUCUAAUUUUCGAGAGCGACAAUCGUCCGACGAAGGACAUAGCACAAUUGGAUGCCGCUCUCGAUCUACAAGUAGUGAAGUAGUCGAUGAAAAUGAUCCUGUGCCUUUAUCUAGAAAGAGACUUAGCCCUUUAAAAAAGCAACAAGCCAUUCCAGAAAAAAGUCCUGUUGAAAAUCAACAGUCUUCUGUCGAUAGCGGUGUAUGUAGUCCUGAACAAAAAGUAGAUAACUUUGUAGCGUCUCCAUUGGCUGCAUCCACACAUUUGUCUACAGAAACUGUUGAGUGUCCCUCUAACCGUCCGCGAUUAUUUGCUCAGCGUUUAGUUAAUAGGUCAUCCAGUGACAGUGAAAUUGAAAGUGAAGAAGGUGCACCAAACAAGAAAUCUGACAUUCUUUUUAGAAAAGUCACAUUAAAGAAGCGGAAAGCUUCGCCAUGUAUAAAGCCAUUAGAAAAGAAACAUUCUGCUGCUUCUGCAGCUAUGAUUCCCAAACCAUUUUCGGGCCUCACCAAAUCUUCUUUUAAAAAUAACAAUUUAUCUUCUAACAAUUACUCUAAGACUAAUUUUAAACUAACUCUUCCCUCUAAUAACAACUCUAAUAAUCUUAAACCUAAGCUAAUUUCAGCCGGUGUUGGUCUCGGGGUAAAAAAGCGCAGCAUGCUGCCAAUAUCAUAUUCUAAAACUUAUGCUGAUGCAUGUGCUGGUAGGUGUCCAGCUGUUAAUACUGAGGCCCAAUUAAAUGGUGUUCACCGGAAAGAAGAAUCCAGGAUACCUUCGUUGCAAAAGCUUCGAGUUGCUGAAGUUCCUACGAAGCUGCCAUAUUUAAAAUUUAAAAAGAAUUUUAGUUGCCAAGCAUCUUCAGUUAAAAAGGAAUCGUCAUCAACAUCAUUUUUGUGUAGAAAAAAGACAAUGACAAGGCCAUGCUUUGUUCGCCGGGCAUCUUUGCCAAAUCGUAGAAAUCCUUCCUAUGAUUGGCUUCAAACUUGUUCGUGGAAAUGCCAUUCUCUGGAAGAUUGGUUAUGGCAUAUUGAAGAACAGCCUUAUGUAUCUCGAAAACUUAGUCACGUUAGUUAUCCUGAUGAUUAUAAAUUAGUGUAUGUUAGCUCAUCGACUUCUGAUGAAAAUAUUUCUGAUCUGAAUUCUUGCGAAAAAGAAUUGCGUAGGCCUGCAAGAGUAUCAAAAUUACGGACUAGUGUUCAAUCGCGAAUAAAAAUUAACUGUGGCACGUCUUAUAUUGAGGAUUCUGACUGGGAAUUGGAAACGGGUGACAGUGACGUUUCUAAUACCAUUCCUGUUUUUAAUCGCUUCAAAACUCUUAAAACAAGAAAAAAAUGUCAAAAUUCUGUAACUGAUGUGAAAAUAUGCAAUGAACAUGAUUUUACGCCAACUAUUAAAACAUUAAGAAUUACUACAUCGAUUUCUGAUAUUGACCGUAAACAAAAACAAACUGAAUCAAAACAGAAAAAUAUUUUAAAUCCAACUAAAUCGAAUUUGUUUAAGAGCUGCUCUUACUUUUCAAUCCUUCAUAGUCAUAGUAAAAUAAAAACAAUAUCAUCUAAAACUGUGUUUCCUACUAUUAAAACUCUAGAAUUGACGAAUAUAUCUACUAAAAUAAAUACAGCUGCCUGCUAUUCAAAUGACAGCUGGUGUUCCUUUUCGAGUUAUGAUUCGCCGUUGAAUUCAUUUAGAGUAAUGCCAAUAAGUGAACUUGACUUAAAACAGAGCACUUUUAUGUUAUUUGCUGUAGAAGAUUUUAUAGAUCGAUUUUUGUGUGCUAAACCACCACCAUUAUCUAACAGUUUAUCUUCUUACUCAAAUGAAUUCUCUAAACAUCUCAUCUCAUCAAAUCUUAAAUAUUUUUCCGAAUUCAGUUACUUAUUUAAGAAGUGUUGUAAACUCAUUCUACAAAUAGAAAAUAAUAUAUUUAUCAGCUGCUUUGCAAACGACUUCAAGACUGUAAAAUUAGUUGAUAAAAAGAGCUGUAAUCAAGUAUUCUCUUUAUCUACUUUUACUGAGAGAUUAAAGCUAUCGCUGCAGACUUUUUUUAUCUUUGUUGAUAUUAGUGUGAAUGAAACGUUAAGAAAUAAAUAUCAGAGUCAGAGAGGUUCAUUAAGUCAUUACUUUGAGCUGUUCAUUGAUUUUUUUAAGCAAGACCGUUUUCCCGUUAUCUCUUGUAGCGAGUUUUACUUUCUCUUGUGUGGCGAGUUUUAUAGCCUCGAUCGCAGUCGUUGUUUCAGAAUAAAAGAAGAAUCGCAUUUGAAUGAAGCCGCCAACGCAUUCCCCCCUAACCUAUCCAAGCGUGGUAAUGACAAGUCUGCAGUAACAGGUUGGCGGGGGGAAAGACAGUGCUGUAUAGAGAGAGUCAUAGACCUGAACCUCAGGGCAUUGGAGUGUGAUCGUGAGGUACUUGAUUUGGCUGAUCUCACUCUUUACUUGGGGUGGACUGCCGGCACUUCAAGCUCCGCCAAACAUGGUGUCCCAGCGAGCGUAGUAAACACCUUUUUUUAUCGUAUCCCACCUGUUGCUCUGAAAGCGGAAGCGGGCUGCCUCCUCCAAACUACCCAUUCGCGUUUGUUAUUUCAGCGAGAUGCGAGCGGAGAAUCUCGUAUGAUCGCUUUGAAGACAAAUGAUACAUCAGUUCAAGUGGAGAAUGAAAAUAAUUUUUAUUUCUGGGAUUAUAGAAAAAAGAUCGAUGCCAUGCAAUCUGAGAAAGAAGAUUCCUCCUCAAUCACCGAAGCAUCCUUCAAUUGUGAAUCUAUUUCUCAUUCAAACAAUGCAUCCCGAUUAAAAAAACAAAACAUGAGAUUAGCAAUUGUUUCGGAAAUGUCAUCGGUGGAUGUAAAUAAACUGAAUUCGAAACGACUCCAUGCUGGACGUAGUAUCUUUUCAAAUAUUGAUCUCAAUGGUUCAGAUGUUACUGAUUCUGAUUCCGAAAUUUUGCCCUAUAUUAGAUGCAUUUUUUCUUCAAACUUCGGCGAAAACUCUCCGGUUAGAUAUUUCGAUAUUUUCAGUGUUGAAAAUGUUGACAUAAUUGAGAGAGUAGAUUGCAGGUGCAAUAAACCUUGUGAUGUACCGUCUUCUCCAUCUGUUGUUGAUGCAACUCUGGAUGCAAGAGGUCUUGCUGAUGACGGAGAAAUCUUUUCUAGUGGUGAUGAGUUAGAUAAAUUGGAAUCCGAUACUGAUUCUCAGGAUACUGUUAUUGAAGGUGAAGCUUAUAAAAGGAUAAGAAGUGUUGCUAUUAAAGAAAAGAUUCUCCAUGCUAACGAGGAAUUAUUUGGAGCAACGCUCAAAGAAACAUUCUUUGAGAAUGGUAAUGCUACCUCGGAAGCACGUAAUUGUUCUUCAAAAAAUAUCGAAAAUUCAACAAAAGAGGCUAGUUAUUUUAUAGAAGAUAAUCAAAGUGAUUCUCUAAAUUUGGAGUGUGGAAAAUAUUUUUCAAUUGAGAAACAAUUAAAAUCUUUUAUGAAAGAAAAUCAGUCAGCUUUUCAACCUGAAAAUGAGCUCAGUGAUUGCACAAAUGAAUUCAUCCAAUUAAGUUCCUAUAAAACAAAUUUUAGUGAGAAUGUAUGUUCAUCAGAAUCCAGCGAUAAUGGCAGUGAUGGUGAAGAACUUGUUUUUAGUGAUAUAUCCACUUCUUCUGAUGAAGCUACCUAUAUUGCUCCAUCUGCCAGUUUUCAUUGUUAUCCUGUUUCACAUCGGUUACAUACUAUUGUUGAAGAAAGCUGCGAAGAGAGUGAAAAAAGUUCCACUCCAACUAGUAAGGCAAGUUCAGAUUUCGAAUAUUAUGAUAAAUCCAGACUCGCGUCUUCUAAGGCUCCUAGAAAAUAUUUUCGAAAAAGUGUUUCUGACAAUGCUAGUUUGGGUAAAGGAUCGGCUGUAUAUGCUGUUUUGGCUACAUCACGCCUGGAAAAGUAUUUCAAAUCAGGUUUAUUAGAAGGAGAACAUGUGUCAUAUCUGGAAGACGAGUUAACUGAUGAAAGUGGAGGCAUUAGCAGUGAUGAUGAAAACGUUAUUUCUAACCAAAAGGAUAAAUCAAAGGUCAAUAAAACUUCCAGUUCAAAAAAGCUGGGUGCUAGUUCAAGUGAGACUCUUAGAAAAUGUACGGGUAAAUUAUCACAAAAUUCCGAAUCAUUAGUUAUUGAAACCAAGCCAGGAAGUUCUGAUGAUGAGGCUAAGUACAUAAUGAGUCAUCUCAUGCAGCAUAUUUCUAAUAAUGACGCUAAAACAGUUGAAUCGGAAAUUAAAGAUAUGUCACCGAUGCUUAAAAUUUUAGAAUCUGAAAUUGCGCGAUUAAUGCUAACUGUAUCUCCAGCAUCAUUGUCAGCGGGGGAACCCAGCAGUAGUUGUAGCAGCACAAUUGGGAGUAAUAAUAGUGAUUAUGGUAGUGAUACUUUAGAAUCUGGUGAGGAAUCAACUGAUGAUGAAUUAAGUAACGAAAAUCGAGCGGUAGAAAAUACAGAUUCUGUAAGUGAUCAUCCUGCAGAUGCCACUUUAGAAAAUAACAGUACGGCUGAUUCCUCGGAGGAAACUUUGUAUAUCUGUAAGCAAUUGAUGGCCUCCUUGAAAAAAAUAGCAGAUUCUAGCGAUGGCGUAGUUGCUCCGGAAGAACCGAUUCCCGAAGAUAAUUCGGCCAAGCAAUAUAUUACUGAUCAAAUUGUCUCUCUGAUGCAAACUGUUAGUGCUAGUCAUAAUAACUCUCCUUUGUUGGAUCUAUCAGAUUCCGACAGCCCUCCUCCUAAUGAUGAGAAAAGAGAAAAAAGUCCUUCCGAAUCCGGCUCAGAGACAACUAUAUCAGCUAGUAUUAGCAUACCCAGCUACGAUGAUUCAGACAGAACGCCUACUGAAUCAGAGAUUUCUCAUGAAAUGGAUGAGCUGUAUGCGUUGCUUGAAAGCAAUCAUGAAUUAAUAUCUUCAAAAUUUUCAUAUGAUGCUGCUGAUACUUACAGUUUAGAUAAAGAGUCUCCCGAAGAGUCACAACAGUCUUCCUUACUUUGUGGUGCCGCUAGUAAAUUAGAAAGUCUCUUACCCAUUAGCAUAGAAGAGCGGAUAGCCCGGUAUAAAGACGCUUUUUUAAACAGAAGUAUGGAUUGCAAAGAGAAGGAUUUUAAGGCUAGUGAAACGAGAAUUAACGUUAUUCUUCCACAGCCUGCAUCGUCUGACAGUGGUGAUAUAUCUUUAAGUAAAAGCCUGUCUUCCAAAUUAAUUACAGAGUCAAAACCCGGUGAUCUUCUCAGAGAAGAGAGUUCCUCUCAUUCGGACGUUUUCAGCCAUGAUAGCAUUACUUCUGUUAAGAUAAUAUCGCACAAUACUUACCCAUUAUCAUCAGCUAUCCACAAAAUUUUAAGUAGCAAUAUUGAUUCGCAGUAUUUGGAGCACAAGUUGGAUUAUAAAAUUGUAAAUAUUUUAGAUGAUACUCCCGAGAAUCCUUCAUUAGACGAAGAAUCCUCAUUGCUAAAAAAUGAUGAAGGAAAUAUAAUUGUGACUUCUUUACCUAAAGUAAUGAAUCCCAAAGAAAAAGCCUCUAGUGAAAAUGAUUUGCUUGUAGCUAAUUAUCGUGCUAAAACAAAAGGAAACUUUGGUACUAAGUCAGUUGGUAACAUUUCGGAAUUAGAGAAAAGCACUUUUCGUGAUACAGGUUAUUAUUCUUUCAAAUCCUCCGAAGAAAGUUUUCUUAGUUUUGAUGACUCAACCGAAACUUCGACUGCUUCUUUGACUCAAUAUCGAUCACUUACUUCAACUGAAACCAUUCCUGAAGAAGAAGAAUCUGUUACAAAAAUGUCUUUAAGUUCUAGUAAUAUACCUGAUGCUGUUUGUGGCACUUCUCCGUCUAAAUCCAGCACUUUGCCUUUAAGCUUAAGAAGUAAACUUUCUGCAACUCCUCAUCGAACACGUUCCUCAUUUUUUUCAACAUCAGGUGUACUUAGGAAAUUGACUCUUUUAAGAGAUGAGAGUGGAAAUUCUCUUCGUUCUUCACCACAUGGAAGAUUACGCAUGCGGAAUCGUUCAUUGUCUGGUGGAAGUGAAGAUGCCAAACAUAGGAAAACAUCUCUUCCUCAAAUAUCUGUUUCAGAAUGUGCUGAGAGCCAAGUCGGCCGACUGAGUGCUGCGAGUUCUGAGAAAGAAAGUUCAGGGGUGCAAGAAGAUGAAAUUGACCAAGCUUUUGCUUAUCACUGUAGAAGUCAAAUGUCUCUUUCCUCCUUUGGGGGAAGAUGUGAAAGUGUUACUAGUGUAUAUAGUGCUGCUGGAGGGGGCCGCUAUGGUACUGUCACAGUGACUGGUGAAGUUUUAUUUGGCCUCAGUUAUAAUUAUAAGGCAAGUACCUUGGAAAUAAUAGUGAAAGAAUGCCGAAAUUUGGCUGCUGUUGACAUUAAAAGAAAUCGUUCUGAUCCUUAUGUAAAAGUUUAUUUACUACCUGAUCGAACGAAAAGUGGUAAAAGAAAAACAAAAGUAAAGAAGCACACUUUAAGCCCAGUUUUUGAUGAACGCCUCAAGUUUUCAAUAAUGCCUAGUGAAAUGGAAAUACGAACCUUGUGGCUCUCUGUGUGGCAUAGUGACAGAUUUGGCCGGAAUGAUUUUCUUGGUGAAGUAAUGCUACCCUUAGGAAAUGAUACCUUUGAAAAUAAUGGCUUAAAAUGGUAUCCAUUACAAGAAAGGAUGGAAACAUUAGAUACUCCUGUCAGCUAUAAAGGUGAUUUAAUUUUGGCCUUGAAAUAUGUUCCUCCUGAUGUUACUAGUCGUAAAUUUUCUAAGAAACCUGGCAUACCUGUCAAAGGAGCUGUGGAAGUUUUGGUGAAAGAAGCAAGAAAUUUGAUGGCAACUAGGUCAAAUGGAACGUCUGAUCCAUUUUGCAAAAGUUAUCUUCUACCUGAUAAGACCAAAUCAGGAAAGCAAAAGACUCCUGUUUUGAAAAAAUCAUGCAAUCCAAAAUGGAAUCAUACUUUUGUAUAUGAUGAUGUUACACUGGAUGAUUUAAGAGAACGUUGCUUAGAACUAACCAUUUGGGACUAUGAUAAAAUUACUAGCAAUGAUUUUCUUGGUGGUGUCAGACUAUGUCUUGGGACAGGAAAAUAUCAAGGUAGAGAUGUUGAUUGGAUGGAUUCAGUGGGUGAAGAGAGAUCACUUUGGUAUACUAUGUUAGAAAGACCAAACACUUGGGUUGAAGGCUCCCUUCUUUUAAGACCAAACAUGCAAAAUAGGAAGUCUCUGUAAAAAAAAUUUCUGUUAUUUGUAUAAAAAAAGAACCUCCAUUCCUGAAAUAUUUGUUAUGUUAAUGUUGUCACUUGUAAAUAAAUUUUUUGUUAAAUAUUUAUCACAUGAUGUUAAUUUGAAACUCUUUGAUAAAUAUAUAUUUUUAUGUUGCCAUAACAAUCAUUAAAUUGAUAAAGCAUGGUCCAUAAUGAUACUUGUCUAACUGAAUAUGUGAUCUGAACCAUUGCUUCUUUGUGAUAAUAGAUAACUUUUGCACAAGAAUGAAUUUAAUUUCACACAACACUAAUGAUAUGUGGUUGACUUCCUAAUAAAAACAUUUCCUAAUUUUGUAUAAUGUUCGACUGAUAUUCAAAUGUAACAAUUUAAUAUAUAUAUACAGUGGGACCUCUAUUUAACGAAGUCGCUAAAUCGAUAAUAAGUGCGUUAUAUGGAAAAUUCGUUAAGUAGAAAAUCACCUUUUGAAAUACUUAAACAACACAAAACAGGUUUUCAAUUCAUAAAUAUUAGACAUAAUUAAAAUAGAAAUUGAUACACCUUUAUCUUGUAAACUAGUAUCUACUAUUUAUUUUAUAAAUCUUAACCAUAUAAAAGAAAUCUGCAUGGAAAGCAAGAAUAGAGCAAAACAUUAUCAAGCGUUACACUAUCAUGCUACAUUUCAACUGAAAAAAAGGUAAAUUUAUGUAUAAAAUUAUAGCUGUAUUUAUUAUAAAAGUAAUUUCAAACAUACAUUACCACAUACGUUCUUAAGUUUAAUUGCUACUGAUAAAAUCCAUUAAUUUUGUUUUUAAUGUAAUUCGUUUGAAACGCAAACAAAAAGUGAAAGGGAAUUUACUGCUUUCUCUUAAAGUUAAGUGGCUUCGAAAAUCAAUUCAAGGUCAUUUCCCCAUAAAAUGAGUUAACAAGUUUGAAAUGUUCUGAAAUAUUUUGGGAAAUAGGGAAACUGGAUCUCAAAGAAAAGUUCGUUAAAUAGAAAUUUUACUUCGCUAUUUGGAAGUUAUUGAAAGAAGAAAUUUCCCAAAUGUUCUUGGUUCCUCGAAAAAAUCGCAAAAUAGAGAAAUUCGCAAAAUAGAAGUUCGUUAAAUAGAAGUCCAACAUAUUUUGUUGCGUAUCUAUGGAGAUGAGAGUUGAAUGAAAACUUUUAACUAGUCUAUUUAUUUUGAGACAGUGUGAGAUCAAAUUUUUUUGUGAUUUCUUGUCUGUUUAACCAAAAUUUUUUGAUGAAAUCAUGUACACCUUAAUAUAAGGUAUUUCAUGCCUUUAUAAACCACCUUAAAAAUCAAAUCUACUGAAAAACUCAAAAUAAAAUUAUCUUCAUCCUCUG